ACGAGUCGAUUCAAUAUUCGAUGCAGUUGUGACGGCCUGCAUUUAUUGCUAUCCUGCUGAUAUAUUGCAUGACUGCAUGCUGCAUGUGAUAUCAGAUUCCAGGCUGCUAUCUCUUCAAUCUUUGAACAUUCUUCACUUUCUGUCGAUAUCCUCAUGUUUUGUACUCGGCAAAUACUAACCCCCGAGCGGACAAUAGACUGCCCGACUGUUGCCACUCGGUCUUUUUUACAGUCCGACAGCGGCCAUUCUAGAAAUAUUUAAGAACUCACAACCCAUGAUGCAUCGGAGUCUGUCAUCAAAAUAAAAUGCCAUCUCCAAGAAUCGCCAUUGUCGGCGGUGGUCCUGCUGGCCUCACCCUGGGAGUUUUACUGCACAAACGCUGCAUCCCCUUCACGAUAUUCGACCUCCGUCAGCAACCAACCGACGAUGAGCUGGCCAAGCCAUCUGGCAUGCUCGAUCUGCACGAAGAAUCCGGCAUCGCUGCCCUCACGGAAUGUGGGCUUUUCGACCAAUUUUUACUGCUCACUGGCGAAUGUUCCGAGGCGCAAAAAGUGGCCGACAAGGAUGGGACCAUUCUGCAUGAAGACCAAGGGGAAUUGAGCGAGCGUCCAGAGAUCCCACGACAUGCGCUCAUACAGCUCUUGAGCUCGCAAUUACCGGCGGAGAGCAUCAAAUGGGGCCAUAAGCUUCUAUCUGCGACCGCGUUGACCACACCCAGCGGCACUGAAACGGAACUCGACUUUGGCCCUCAUGGAAAACACACGUUCGAUCUGGUCGUCGGCGCGGAUGGCGCCUGGUCUCGCAUUCGCCAUCUGCUGACAGACGUCAAACCAGAAUACGCGGAGCAGCAGCUCAUCACGGUCACCAUCCGCCACGUCAUAGCCAAAUACCCGCAUCUCGCCGCAAUGGUCGGUGAUGGCACUUUUACAGCACUUGGUAUGCGACACGGCGUCAUGACACAUCGUGGACCGCAGGACUCGGUCCGGGCAUAUAUUGCGCUCACCACGACCGAUGAGGACUUUGGAGUUUCAUCAGGACUAGCGAACCAGACAGCUGCAUCUGCAAAGAGCCGGCUUCUAGACGACAGCACAUUACUGGGCUGCUGGGGCGAUCAGAUCAAACAGCUGGUUGCCAUUGCAUGCGAUGAAGAGACAGCGGACAACCCAGGCCCCAUGGACAUUCGAUCGCUAUACAGAUUACCGAUUGGCGCCUCGUGGGAGCACAGGAACUACGCCACGGUGAUUGGGGAUGCAGCGCACUUGAUGUGUCCAUGGGCCGGCGAGGGAGUCAACCUGGCCAUGCUGGAUUCUUUACUGCUGGCCAACGCGAUCACCAAGGCAUACGAGUCUGCUGGGCGGGAUAUGCCAUUCCAGAGCCAACUGGAUCCUCUGAUGAAGGAGUUUGAGGACGACAUGGUGGCACGCUGCAAGGAAAAGGCAGAAGAGACACACAGCAAUGGGCAGAUGCUGUUUGGCGACGAUGGGGCACAGGCAUUUGCUGAGUUCUUCAGGCAAGUGUAUCAGUAUGCAGAGGCAUAAUGGAUUUAUGAACAUAUGCUAGAGAUAUCACGAUAAUUGAUAAAAUAUAUACCCAAAUAUCCUUCGAUAGAACUGGUUUAUUUAGCAUCCGCAGUCAGAUCGUCAAAGUCAGUCUGCGAUGCAAUUCCAUCCCACUCAUCGCAGAUCUGCAUUCUCUCCUCGCAGCUCUGUCGGAUACACUGCAAUGCAUCAGCCCCAAUGGGCAGUCGUAGCGGCAACUCUUUCCCGGCACAUCUGCCCUCGC